GGUAUCCGAGGUGGGCCGGCAGGGGCCAGGGAGGUGCUGCUGCCUCCGCUGCUGCCGCUGCCGCUGCCACUGCGGCGGCUGCGCCCGCGGCACCGAGGACGAGGCUGAGGCCGGGGUGCGCGCUUGGCUAACGUGCCGAAUCCGCGCCUCUCGGUUGCACCGGCCCCUGCGGCCGCUUGCGUGUCUCGGCUGGUGUGUGUGCUGCCCCGGCGAGGAUGCGGCUGUUCCGGUGCCUUCUGAAGCAGCCGGUGCCCAAGCAGAUUGAGCGCUACUCGCGCUUCUCGCCAUCACCGCUCUCUAUCAAGCAGUUCCUGGACUUCGGGAGAGACAAUGCGUGUGAGAAGACUUCAUACAUGUUUCUACGGAAGGAGCUUCCUGUGCGCCUGGCUAACACCAUGAGAGAAGUUAACCUUCUGCCAGAUAAUUUACUUAACCGCCCUUCGGUGGGAUUGGUCCAGAGUUGGUAUAUGCAGAGCUUCCUUGAACUUUUGGAUUAUGAAAAUAAGAGCCCCGAGGAUCCAAAGGUCUUGGAUAACUUUCUACAAGUUCUGAUUAAAAUCAGAAACAGACACAAUGAUGUGGUUCCUACAAUGGCACAAGGAGUGAUUGAAUACAAGGAGAAGUUUGGGUUCGAUCCAUUCAUUAGCAGUAACAUACAGUAUUUUCUGGAUCGCUUCUAUACCAACCGCAUCUCCUUCCGCAUGCUUAUUAACCAGCACACACUUCUCUUUGGUGGUGACACUAAUCCUGCUCAUCCUAAACACAUUGGAAGUAUUGAUCCCACCUGCAAUGUCGCUGAUGUCGUGAAAGAUGCGUAUGAAACUGCCAAGAUGCUAUGUGAGCAGUAUUACAUGGGAGCUCCGGAGUUAGAAGUUGAAGAAUUUAAUGCCAAAGCGCCAAACAAACCUAUUCAGGUAGUUUAUGUGCCCUCACAUCUGUUUCACAUGCUAUUUGAGUUGUUCAAGAACUCAAUGAGAGCAACCGUCGAACUCUACGAAGACAGGAAAGAAGGCUACCCUUCUGUUAAAACCCUUGUUACUCUGGGUAAAGAAGACUUGUCCAUUAAGAUCAGUGACCUAGGUGGCGGUGUUCCCCUUCGUAAAAUAGAUCGUCUUUUUAACUACAUGUAUUCAACUGCUCCUAGACCAAGCCUGGAGCCUACAAGAGCUGCCCCUCUGGCUGGAUUCGGUUAUGGCUUGCCAAUUUCUCGUCUGUAUGCUAGAUAUUUUCAAGGAGAUCUAAAACUGUAUUCUAUGGAAGGAGUGGGUACAGAUGCUGUAAUUUACUUGAAGGCGCUCUCAAGUGAAUCAUUCGAGAGGCUCCCAGUAUUCAAUAAGUCAGCCUGGCGCCAUUACAAGACCAUGCCUGAAGCCGAUGAUUGGAGCAACCCCAGCAGUGAGCCCAGAGAUGCUUCAAAAUACAAGGCAAAACAAGACAAGAUCAAGACUAAUAGAACUUUCUAGAGAACUGAAUGCUUUGGUCCUCUCUGUGAAGAAAGAUCAUCUCGCGCAAGUCAACCUCUGAGCUCCUUUCCUCUACUCUGAGCGUGACACCAUCAUUAUUCUAGUGUUGGACCUUUGCCAGAGAAACUUUUCCUGUAGUUACUUCAGAUUUUCCACUAGAGUAGUCAACUGAGUAAUUUUUUCAUGGUUGGUUGUGAUUUGGUUGGUGCCGUCACAAGAGAGCACAGAGCCUCGUGAGUGCUCCUGUGUCCUCAUACCUCUCUCCUCAUUGUCAUGAGUCAAGUGUCUGCAGUGUCCCCAGGGUUCUAAGGUCCCUCCGCAUUCCAGAUACAGCAGAUCUCUACUGUUGCAGCUUGUGACCAAAUACCACGUUUGUCCCAAACCACCAACGGAGGCCUGGGAAACAUGGAGUUGAAGACACCAGUUGAGUGUGUCUUGGUGAUUCAGUCCCAGAGCCCCUCCUCUCGCACAUACAUCCGUCCUCACUCUCUGAGGGAGAGUUUUGCCUUCUGCCAUCUGACCAUACUCUCAUUGUGAGGUGUGUGUACUUUUGUGCUAGAUCUUACUCUUUGAUGCAUUGGUUUUAUUUUAAAAUUCAUUUGUAUACUUUUAUUCUGUCCAUUAAAGCAUUCCAAAAGUU